AAUACCGCGACAUCCCCAAACGUAUCAUUUCAUUAACCAUCCAUCCCUUUUUAAUCCCACUAAGCAGAGGCAGGCGGAGUAGAAACAUGGGCGGCGCGCAGUCCACGGUACAGGAGGGCUUCCACAGCCUGAUGGAGCGGCGGGAGGGCGAUUCGGCAGCGGGGAGACCCCCCAACCCCAUCGGCAGCUUCCGCGUGGGCAUCUCGAGGGAGAUCGACCAGGAUUUCACCGACUACAGCCAGUACGACUUCCCGUUCGAGAACCUGGUGCUAGAGGGUGGUGGAAACAGGGGACUGGCGUAUUUCGGAGCUUUACAGGUUCUUGAAGAAGCGGGUAUAUGGAAGAACAUCAGACGUUUCUCCGGUACCAGUGCUGGCGCCAUCACCGCCACUUUCCUCGCUAUCGGCAUGAGUACAUCAGAGGCCAAGGACUACGUCGAUCAGGACAUGCGGAAAGUCUUCAUAGACCACGGCUGUGGAUAUUUCAGCCUCCUGCCAAACCUGCUAUCCGGUUAUGGCUGGAAUAAAGCGGAAUCCUUCAUGAUCUGGCUGGGAGGGAUCCUGAAGGAAAACACUGGCAAUGCCGACAUCACGUUCCUGGAAAUGUACUGUCACGUGAAGACCACGCCGGACAUGUCCAUCAGGAAGGCAGUCCGCAUGUCCAUGGCCAUCCCAGGCCUGUUCCAGUGUGUGAAGUUCAAGCAGUUCGAGUUUGAAGAUGUUUUCAUUGACGGUGGAUUUGGGUGUAACUACCCCAUCCAUUGUUUCGAUGGAUGGUGGCUGUGUAUGGAAAGUGACAGCGCCUUCAUCAACAAACUCCACGACUUGGAGGAUGUCCAAACUCUCAUGCAGAAAUCCGAGCGUUUUGGAACCUACAACGAACGGACGUUCGGUAUUUUGUUGUAUUCGGACACAGACCCGGAGUUCUUGGAGUACGAACUCAACUCCCGUUUUGACGGCAAGAAAAUGCCGAGACCGAGCACCAAACUGGCGAAGAAGUACACGGACUCUGAGCGGAAGAAGGAAGAGUCUGCACGGGUGAAACGCGAGGUUCUCACGGCGGCAGACAAGUUCCUCACGGCGCUGAGGGAGAGCAACCUGGACAAGAACGACACCAUCGACAAGAAGGAGCUGGAACGAGCUUUUAGAAAGAGGCACUUGUUUACGCCAGAAGAUGCCCGUAUCCUGUUCGGAGACGGCGUCAACAUCGAUGACGUGUUCUACAUGCUGGACGUGGACGGCGACGGACAGAUCACGUACAGAGAGUUGGUGAACUACCUGGAGACGAAGGGUGUCCAUCUGUUCUCUAAGUACCUGGGGUACCAGCGGCGUAACAUCGAGAACGUCGGCGACUUCCUCUUCCAGCUCCAGGCCGCUCAAAUGAUGAUCUCAAAACGUCUUUACGUUGAGAAACGGGACGCCGACAGAACUAUUGGCGUCGACACAGACUACGUAGACACAGCGGAUUUUGAUCUCGAAGCUGAGGACAAACUUUUUCUUAUCGAGCAAGGCAGGCGGGGAGCUCGGGCAUUCCUGCGGGAGUUUGUGCGGAACAACAACAUGCGUCCCCGCGACUCCCAGCGCCGGUCCUUCCUGAGACAGACGUACGGGAGACAGAACUCCGCCGCGGGGGGUAAACCUCCCUCCCGACCCGGCUCCAGGCGAGGCAGCUUCGACUUCGGCAACUGAGUUU